UGAUUUUGUUUUUUUUUUAAAAAAAAAGUGUACACAUUGUAUUGCGAUUUGACCGAGUCUCAAGGACCACGACCACCCUCCACCCUAAACAUAGUAGUGCAGAACAAAAAAGCACCUAAUUAUGCAUUACAAAAAUGGAAGCUAACAAUUCAUAGCUGUUCUGUUCUGUUCCUAUGGGAUCAUCACAAAAAGAAUGAGCGUCUCAUAUUAUUAUUAUAAUAUUCCACUCGCGACCUUCAUUUUUCUCUUUAGCCAGCUUCUCGGACUUUCAGGAGGUGGUUGCAGCGACAGCGAUGGCGCAAGGCAUGGCGAGUAACCGCAACCGGAGCGCGAGCGCGCAAGAAGCCCGCAAGGUGAUGGUGGUGGCGGACCCGACGCGGGAAUCGGCGGGCGCGUUGCAGUACGCGCUGGCGCAUGCGGUGAUCGAGCAAGACGAGCUGAUUCUGCUGCACGUUGAGAACCCUAGCUCGUGGCGCCACACCAUUUCGACGUUCCUGAAGAUGCCGUCGUUGGGAAGCUCAACCACUGCGUCGCUGGACCUUGGAGGAGGGGGAGCCGCGGCGGAUGGAGAAGGGUUCGAUUUUCUGGAGGAGAUGAAGCAUGCAUGCAGGGUUUCUCAGCCGAAAAUGAAGGUGCGUGUGAUGAAGGUGGAGACCGAUGGAAGAGACAAGGCUAGCACUAUUCUUUCUCAGAGCAAAACGCAUGGGGUUGAUGUCGUAGUUAUAGGCCAGAAGCGCAAUAUUACUUCGGCGUUAUUAGGAUAUAAGCGACCUGCAGGUGGAUCUAUGAAAGGGGUGAAAGCGAUAGACACUGCAGAGUAUUUGAUUCAAAACAGUUCGUGCACCUGUGUUAGUGUACAGAGAAAAGGCCAAAAUGGAGGCUUUGUUCUCAACUCCAAAACCCACAGAAAUUUCUGGCUCUUAGCCUAAAGGCUUCACACCCCCCAUGGCCAUGCAUGGUGGACAUUUUUCAUUACGGCUUGAACAUAUCAAUUUCGCUGAGGAUAGAUUUAGGAGAAACUUUUAAAUAGACAUCUUAUCAUAUAUUAUUAUUACAUUAUACAUUAGGCACUCAAAUCAUUAUAACUCCCAGAAACUUAUAUGGAUCAUAUACUAAUGAUUUGAGUGCUUAUGAUCAAUAAUGUCUAUCUAAAAGUUAUUCUAGAUACGGUGAAAUUGGUAAGAUUUCCCUGUAACUUGGUUGUUUUGCAAAUGGUGAGAAACCCAUGGAUGUUAUCCCAGAUUACCUAAAAACACCAAUCUACUUAUCUUAAAGACGAAAAUUUUCUGCUUU